GGGAAAGAAGACAACUGGGUGAAGGCUGACUGGAUACUGAACAGUCUCUUCUUAUUCCUCUGGGAAACCCAGGAACAACAGCUGAGAGGCGUCAGGAGCAUUUAAAAGGAUGAUGUGGCGUAUGCGCCGGCGCUCCAGGACAAUCUGUCUGUCCUUGGCCUUCAUCACCACUUUCUUCCACCUCCUCCUGGCUCUUGUUUCUUUUUCCAUUUACCACCAGCCUUGUGACAUCCCACUGCUACCAAGGGCACACGUCCUGAGAGACCUGGCACACUCCAACUACACCUCUGUGGUGAUCAGAGAUCCAGCUGGGCCACCAACUGAUAUACAAAGAGAUUCUUCCUAUGAAGGUGCCAAGAAGAUGGUUAAGAGUAAUGCACGACUGCUUUCUGACAAAGGCUUGUUGGUGAAAGAAGGUAAAAAUGUCUCAAUCGAGUCAGACUUGUUAAAGCUGGAGGCGCUGUUUGGCCAUCCACUCUACAACACGCCCAGCCCUCCUAUCCCUGAAGAGGACUGGCUGCUGAGGGUGAAACCAAAGGUCAAGGCGAGUGAGACGAGCUCCCAGAUGUGGGUGAGUGCCAGCCAGAAUGGCUACGAGGACGUCCACUGGAACAGCAGCAGCAGCAGCCACCCUCCAUGGCUGCGUUUUCACCUGGGCAUCUCCCGCUGGCAGCUCUACCCCCAUCGUGACCCCAACAUGGAGCCCCUGAUGCAACAGCUUGCCACGCACCGCAUCGUCAGUGCAGUGCAGAGAUCUGGGGGGACUCAGCUGAAGCUGGUGAUGUCAUUUCCUAACUAUGGACAAGCCAUGUUCAAGCCCAUGAAGCAGGAGAGAGAUGAAGAAACCAACUACAACCUCUACUACUUCUCUGACUUUGAGCGACACAAUGCAGAAAUCGCUGCUUUUCAUCUGGAUAGGAUUUUGGGUUACAGGAGAAUCCCUCCUGUGGUUGGGAGGCUGGUGGAUGUGGUCAAGGAGAUCAAAGACAUCACUACUGACCGCAAGCUGGCACGAACCUUUUUUACUUCUCCUGUGGGGAAUGUGUGCUUCUACGGCCAGUGCUCCUACUACUGCUCAACAGAGCACGCUGUGUGUGGCCGCAGCAGGGACCUGGAGGGCUCCUUGGCCGUCAUGCUGCCAGAUCUCUCCUUGGCAGGCCGCAGGACCUGGAGGUCCCCGUGGAGGCGUUCAUACAGCCGCAGCAAGCUGGCAAAGUGGGAGACAGAACCUGACUACUGUUCCACAGUGAAAAAGACCCCACCGUAUGACAAGGGCACAAGACUGGUGGACUUCAUAGACAUGGUCAUACUGGACUUCUUGAUGGGUAACAUGGACAGGCACCACUAUGAAACAUUUGAGAAAUUUGGCAAUAAUACUUUUCUGCUACACCUUGAUAAUGGGAGGGCAUUUGGUCGUCACUCCAAAGAUGAGCCUUCAGUCUUAGCUCCACUAGAGCAAUGCUGCAGAAUCCGUCGCUCCACUUGGCUACGCCUGCAUCUCCUGUCUUUGCCUCAGUAUCGUUUAAGUGAUGUUAUGAGAGCGUCGCUUUCUCGUGAUCCCCUUCACAAGGUGGCCCCACUUCUGGCAGAGCCCCACCUUACGGCUCUGAAUCGCCGUUUGAAAACUGUCCUGGAGACUGUAAGUCGCUGCCAAAAGCAGCAGAAAUCGAAUGGCAAAGGUGAAGAUGUCUUCUAUGACGACAUGGCCUAUCUGAAAGACAUGGCCACUCCCUCUGGUUAGAGCAGUCUCACACAUCUGUCAUGUUAUACCUGCUUAUUUUUACACUCACAUUCUGCAAAAUGAUGACAGGAGUUAAUGUCAGACAACUCAAACAGCAUUCAUAGCAGGAGCCAUAAAAAUGUAAAACUCUUUGAUUAAUAACUGUCACAUAAACAGUUAACACAAUGUAAUGUAGUAGUAUUGUCACAAAAUGGAAAAUAAUUUUUUAGGAUGCUAGCUAGACAGUUCCCUGUAAUAUUAUGGCAAUAUCAUAAACAAUAAAACCCAAGUUACUCUGCUCAU